GCUCCGGGCACCACCAGGCCCCUCGCUUUGUCUCUAUCGAGGGUGGUCCUUUUUCAAAUAUAGCAUUGGUCCUGCUGAAGACUCGCACUAGGUGAAUUGUGUCCAUACGACCCCUCUCUGACCACCACGGGCCAACUUCACGAUCUUUAUGACAGCGACCACCAGCUGAGCGAUCUGGCAGAGGGCUACUUCCUGCAUCGGUGUUCAGCAUGCAUCGACUGAAUCGUGUGCAUCUUGUGGUCUGCGCCGUCAUUGUCGUCAUUUUGUUCGAGUCGCUCUCGUAUUUCCACUCGGGCGAGCUGACCAAAGCUCACGGCACUAAGGGCGCCUCGGUGUCAUAUCAAUAUCAGUCAGAGGAAUCCAUUGUCGAAAGCACCAAUUCCCCGAAAUCAUGGUGGCAAUCCGCGUCGAAAACAGGGCUGACAAACUCUGCUGAGCUUGAUGCGAACUUCGCCACAAUAUCUCAGCUCAUCGUAGACGCAAACAACACCUUCACUGAGCUGGUUGCUAAACAAACGAGGACCUUGGAAGAUGCUGCAAAAGCUUAUCGUUUGCGACGUGGCAGACACCCACCUCCAGGCUUUGAUAAGUGGUGGGAAUAUGCGACAGCAAAUGAUGCCAUCAUCAUCGAAGAUUUCUUUGACCAGAUUCAUCACGACCUCGAACCCUUCUGGAGCCUGUCACCUCUCGAUAUUCGUUCAAAGGCCCGCGAUCUUGGUAUGCACGUCCGAAUACGCCAGAACAAGGCCGAAGCAGACACCGACUGGUUUUGGCAUGUCAUAUGGGCCAACUUGAUCAACGAAGUCGCGCACAUGCUUCCCGAUAUGAUCAUCCCACUCAAUGCGAUGGAUGAGCCUAGAAUCAUGGUCCCGUUUGAGGACAUCAGCACUCGACUGGCCGAAGCAAGCAAUCAUCGAGUCAUUGCCGACCCGGAACGAGUCACGAAUGUGAUGGACGGCUGGUCCGAAGCCGAAGAGCCAGGUCAGCCCCAUUCGGAGACUGAAUGGUUCAGAUCGGCACCAUUGUCCUUUGCUCGAGCAGCAUGUGCGCCAGACAGCCCAUUGCGAAUGGAGCCUAAUAUGCUUCAUCUGGCAACGGUCCCAAAGACUGACCGGCCUCAGGAACAGAGCUUCAUGACUGGAGCCUUUGUCGGCAAUUGGACCCUUGCUUCGGACUUGUGUCAGGAUUCGAGCAUUGGCGCGUUCCACGGGGCUCUUGUCAGUCCGCUCUCUGCAUCGACCAGUGUAGAUCUGCUACCAAUGUUUGGUGGCUCGAAGUUCGCUGUCAAUAACGACAUCCUCAUGCCCGCUCCCAUGGCCUGGAACGGCGAGGAACGGUUCGACUCUCAGGACCCUCAUGAUUGGUCAUUGAAGAGUGGGAAAGCAACGUGGCGAGGCACUGCUACUGGUGGACGGCACAAUGCUUUGAACUGGCCCAACUUCCAUCGCCACCGAUUUGUCGCUUUGACCAACGGCACGAAAUACUCCCUUGCGGACGAGACCAGCGACCGCAUCUUCACGCCUUUGCAGCAACAGUCCGCGCUGUCUUCACUGCGCAACGACUUGCAGAAAAACCUUGGAUCAUGGCUCAACAAGCACAACGAUGUCUCUUUCACGGAUUUGUUCUGCGACAUUCCCACGGAGAACAGCCAAUGUUGGUAUCUGUCGGACGAAUACGAAGUUGUUGGAACCAUGAGCUUGGCGGAUCAAUACGCUUCCAAGUUUCUUCCUGAUAUUGACGGCAACUCUUUCUCUGGUCGAUACCGCUCCUUCCUACUGAGCAAAUCUGUGCCUAUCAAAGCAACCUUGUAUCGCGAAUGGCACGAUUCCAGACUCGUCGCAUGGAAGCAUUUUGUGCCUAUGAACAAUCGCUUUACAGACUAUUACGCUGUCCUGUCCUACUUUGUAGGCUGUGGCGAGGAUAUCUGCGGAUCAAAUGGUAUGUUUGAGGGCCACGAUGUCGAAGCCGAGGAGAUUGCAAGAGCGGGUAGCGAAUGGGCUGGGAAAGUUCUCAGAAAGGUUGACAUGCAGAUCUACGUUGCCAGACUCCUGUUGGAGUACAGUCGCUUGACGAACGACAACAGAGACUUCCUUGGCUGGGUCGACGAUCUGAAGUCCUCUGAGCCGCCCACGUCGGACUCUUCUGGCCCGUGAGAUCCAGUCUCUCCCCUUUUGAUUAGCUUCAUCGUGCUCAGAACUCGAACCUUUGUCCGACCAGCUGCUCGCUCAUCCUCCACACCCGGUCGGUGUUCGACACGUCCAAGGAAUACGAAGCCACCACUUUCGGAUCGGACGUCACUUGAGUAUCCGAGAGGAAGAUACUCCCGUCGACUAUUGUAUCUUUAGCUGAGCAACUGGGCCCCAGCAACCCUCGCCGGCUGGACUCACCUGUAAGAUCCGGAUCGAUGACUGCACGUAUUGUGAUCGCACAGCCUUGCUGCUGCGUCUUCCGUUGUGGCAUCACGGCAGCACUCUUUGAGAUGACCUCCAUUCCUUCUUUUAUUGUGUCUGGAGUCAUGAAACGACGAAGGUUACUUGGUACACCUGCGAUAUGGCGAACGCUUUCAAUCCCUUGCCUUGCAGGCGGCUGUUCAAGCCUACGGCCAUCAGGACGUUGGCAGUUUUGCUUUGGCCAUAUGAGAUGAAAGAGUUGUACUCCUCGCCCUCGUUGAAAUUGGGAUCCUCCAACACGUCAGACAAGACAUUGCCAUAACUUGAUACAUUGAUAACUCUGGCACUUUGGACCGGCAGCCAGGAGCUUUGGCAUGAGCAGGUUCGUCAGAAGAAAGUGGCCGACACGGUUUGUCGCAAACUGUCUUUCGAUACCAUCCUCGGUCUUCGAAUAUGGACAAGCCAUUAUUCCGGCAUUGUUGAUCAAUGUAUCGAUCUUUGGAAUACUGUCAUCGUCGAGGAUCUGCUGAGCACUGUGGCGCACGCUCCUGAGGGAGUCAAGGUGGACUGGGACGAAUUUUGUGACGACGCCCGGGUCAAUUUCCUGGACCUUGUCUAUCACAGGCUGGAUCUUUUCUAUGUCUCGACCAAGCAAGACAAUCAUGGCCGGAGGUCCUUUUGCCAAAGUGAUGGCUGUUUCGGAACCAAUGCUCCCCCAGCUGGGACCUGUUAUGAGUACUACCUCUGUCAGCAGACAACUACUUCACCAUGUCAGUCAGAGAGACGUACUUCUUUUGCCCUUGAGCGUUCCAGGGAAGGCUGCAACGACAUCAUCACCCGUUGUUUCGAAUCCGAACUCGACCAUUGCCGCGAUAUCGGCUUGUUCCGAAGAGGCAAUAUUUUCGGGCUCCCACUUACUCUGCUGGUUGAAGAAGGCCUUGUAUCAUAUUCAUCCUCGCAGUUAUAUACUGGUGCGACCGUCAGCACGCGGCACUAUUUCACAAUAUGCAACUCCACGGACGAGAAUCACGGACUUUGCGGACAGAUUGAUGCCGUUCCUUAUUGGCUCACGAGGCGUAAGCCACGGUGAUUCGCCGUGCCACCAUUCCAUCUCGGGCCAUUUCUGACAAGGCUGCUUCUGCAAGGCUGCGGUCUUUGUCGUCUUAACUCCAAGCUGACUGCGGCUACUGCGGCUGCUUUGCUUUCCUUCGGAGUUUUGAUCGUUGCGAAAGGCAGCAUCGUAGCUGGGGCAAAGAAAGCGGUGGAUACAUGUUCAUGACGGACAUGGCAGCAUGACAGAGAAUUGUUUGUUUCCGUCCCGUACUGUUGUCAAGGGUCUUUCCUCCGUUGUUUCGGGCUUGAAAAUGUAUUGAGCAUGAUUUGUGGGAGCAAUCAGGCUAAACAAUGGCCGUGGUUAUAUGGAGUACUACUGUACCAUAGUCUGGAUUGUUCAGAAGAAGCCGACCCUUGUUACAUACUAAGACUGUGUUUCAUCCGAUCACCGCCACAACGGCCAAUUUGCUUCAGACAACACGAUGUGUCUUGCUUGCUGUUUGCUAGGUCUCUUUUCGCGAGGCCGAAAAUGCACGGGUACGUUGCCUUCGCUUCUUUGUCCGUAGAUAAAGAGAGACUGUGUGUGUGAGAGAGAAAAGACACAAUGCAAAGCAUCACCAUCAUAUUGCAGAAAGCAUAGUGACCAUGCCAUGGGCAGUGAGGGUGGCAA